AUGGUGGCCGGGCCAAUCAUAAUAGGCGCAGGGCCAUCAGGUCUGGCAGUGGCCGCCUCAUUGAGCCGUCUAUCGAUCCCUUCGAUGAUCAUCGAGCGAUCAAACGAUAUCGCUGAUCUGUGGCAACAUCAUACCUAUGAUCGUCUUUCUCUCCACCUCCCUAAACAGUUAUGCCAACUUCCUCACCUCCCAUUCCCAACUCACUUCCCUACUUACCCUUCAAAAAAUGACUUCCUCCAUUACCUCCAUUCCUAUGCUCUCCAUUUCUCACUUAAGCCUUUGUUCAAUCACACUGUAGUGUCUGCUUCCUUUGAUGCCAGUUGUUCCCUUUGGAGAGUCAUUACGUUAUCGGAGUCUGGUGAGUCAACUGUUUUGCCGGAGGUGGUGGAGUUUAUGUCAAGGUGGCUGGUGGUGGCCACCGGAGAGAAUGCAGAACCAGUCAUGCCAGAGAUGAAAGGGAGGGAGAUGUUCCAUGGCAGUGUCUUGCAUUCUAGUGAGUAUAAGAAUGGAAUGGAGUAUAAGGACAAGAAGGUUUUGGUUGUUGGUUGUGGGAAUUCAGGGAUGGAGAUGUGCUUGGACUUGUGUGAGCAUGGUGCUAUCCCUUUCCUGUCUGUGAGAACUGGGGUGCAUGUUUUGCCAAGGGAGAUACUAGGAACAUCAACAUUUAAGUUGGCAAUGAAGUUGAUGAAAUGGCUGCCAUUGAGAAUGGUGGACAAAGUGCUGGUAAUGGUGGCCAAGUUGGUGAUUGGAGACACAGAGAAGUAUGGGUUAAAAAGACCUCAAAUGGGGCCACUGGAGCUCAAGAACUUGACAGGAAAAACACCCGUUUUGGAUGUUGGAGCUCUUUCAUUCAUCAAAGAUGGAACCAUUAAGAUAGUACCAGAAGUAGAAUCUCUAACAUGCAAUGGAGCCAAGUUUGUUGAUGGGAGAGAACUGACAUUUGAGUCUGUGCUUUUCGCAACUGGUUAUACAAACAAUGUUCCUUCAUGGCUCAAGGAAGAACAUGAUCAUCAUCAGUUAUGCUCUAAUGGAUGGAAAGGAGAGAAAGGGCUCUAUUAUGUAGGAUUCACAAGGAGAGGACUACUCGGAACACGCAUCGAAGCCGACAAGAUCGCUUUCGACAUUGCUGGGAAUUGGAAGAACAAGUUGCAGCACUACUGA